AGCCAAUUCAUCUUCAAGAAACAGUUUGCUAUUUAGAGGUCAAGCUAAUGGAGUAAUGUCUUCUUUGUUGUACAAGUGGAUCUUUCACAAGACGGUUGGUGAAGUUAACGUGGGUUCAGAGGAAGACCCGUUUCAUGAGACUAUUCCACAUGAAGAGCUGGGAAGGUUUCAGAGAGAAGGUGCGAAGAGAAAGAAACCCUUACCACCAGGUCUCUCAAAGAACGAUGAAAAAGUUCUCAAAUCUGUGAGGAGUAGGGCAUAUCAACUGGACUUGGUAUUUCAAUGCUGCUGUGGUUGUAGGUUGGGAUGGGCAGGCAUAAUUGGACUGAUUCCAUGGAUUGGGGACGUUAUUGCCUUCUACCUGGCCAUGCUCCUGAUUCGCAAGGCAAGAACUAUCGAUGGUGGGUUACCCAAGUACUUGGAGGCUCAAAUGAUGGCCAACAUCACGUUUGAUUUCUGUAUUGGCCUCAUUCCAAUUGUUGGUGACCUUAUAAACAUGGCGUAUAAGGCAAACACAAGGAAUUACAUCCUCCUGGAGACGCAUUUGAGGAAACAUUGCUCAAAUAACAAAACAAAUGAACCCAAGCAGUCACUAAAGACAUCAGCUAAAACCACUCAGGAAGCAUCAAACGUAACGCCAAAGGCACCACCAAAGGCACCACCAAAGGCACCACCCAGAACACAGUCCCAAGGUCCUCGAGUACCACCCAGAGUAUUAUAAUCCAUAGACAUUUCUCAGAGUCGAUAGCCAGUAGAUUAUACUACAUGGUAAACACCCUCUCAAAUAUGCAAAAAAUG